GCUUGACAGCUGUCACUGUCCGAGGUCAAGAGGAAAGAAGCAUGGCGGCGCUGUUGAGAGGGUCGAGACGUGCUUUGUUACGGUGGACUCAGCAUGUACACUUUGCUCUCGUGUCGACGCGAUCAAUGGCCUCAAAAACACCAGUGGGGUUUGUUGGUCUGGGGAACAUGGGCAGCCCCAUGGCCAAAAACCUGCUAAGAAACGGUUAUCCUGUUAUUGCCACUGAUGUCUUCCCUGAGUCUUGCAAGGAGCUGCAGGACAUCGGUGCCCAGGUGGUAGACUCUCCAGCAGAGGUGGCAGAGAAAGCGGACCGCAUCCUUACAAUGCUACCCUCCAGUCCCAACGUCAUUGAAGUCUACACAGGCCCAAAUGGCAUCCUCAAGAAGGUGAAGAAGGGAACACUGUUGAUUGACUCCUCCACCAUCGACCCCUCCGUCUCAAGAGAGAUGGCAGCCGCCGCGGAGAAGAUGGGUGCAGUGUUCAUGGACGCUCCAGUGUCGGGAGGUGUCGGGGCUGCCAGCCUGGCCAAACUGACCUUCAUGGUAGGUGGAGUGGAAGAGGAAUACAACGCUGCACAGGAGCUGCUCACCUGCAUGGGAGCAAAUGUUGUCUACUGUGGAGGGGUUGGCACUGGACAGGCAGCAAAGAUCUGCAACAACAUGCUCCUGGCCAUCGGAAUGAUUGGGACCGCAGAGACCAUGAACCUUGGCAUCAGACUGGGUUUGGACCCCAAGCUGCUGGCACAGAUCCUCAACAUGUCCUCAGGUCGUUGCUGGUCCAGCGACACGUAUAAUCCAGUCCCCGGCGUCAUGGAGGGAGUCCCCUCAGCCAACGGCUACCAGGGCGGCUUUGGAACCACACUAAUGGCUAAGGAUCUUGGUUUGGCUCAGAACACUGCCACCAACACUAAGACACCCAUCCCUCUGGGUUCCCUCGCCCACCAGAUCUUCAGAGUCAUGUGCUCCCGCGGCUACGCUAACAAGGACUUCUCAUCCGUCUUCCAAUUCCUACGCGAGGAGGAAGGACAGUGAAUUGAGGGGGGGCACAGUUGACUGUGAUGGUACCAUACAUAAACACACACACACACACACACACACACACACACACACACACACACACACACACACACACACACACACACACACACACACACACACACACAUACAUGCCCACACCCCAGUGCCCCUUAUCCCACUAUGCUCAGGAGAGACUAAGGCCUUGCCCUCAGGCACAGAUCUGUGGUCCAAUUAACAUACCGUAUGUCGGCACAUGUUCCCUCGUAGCAUUAGCUGAAUCAUAUUUUCAGUUCACGGCUCUCCCUCUGCAUGAGGGAAAUGCUAAAACUGACCUUAGAUCAGUAUCUAGAGACAAAGCAACUAUCUUCCCAGUCUGGAAUGAGAGGCCAGAGUGGAAAAUGAGAGGUAGGAUGAGGCACUGCUGGUUUAUAAGUACCAAUGCAAAUAAUAUGUGGUUUUCCAAGAUGAUUGAUAAGUAAUAACUGCAAGAGAGUGCAGAGUUAAGGUUACCCUUUUUCUGCUGGAGAAAAAACAUCCCAUGUUCACAACACUACAUGUAAGGUUACCAAAACCAGUUCUGUUACAUUUGUCUGUUUAAAGGAGGAAAGUGGUGUCAUUCAAUCAUGUUGCCAGCAUGCAGACUUUCAUUCACUCACUGGAUCAACCACUUAAGCUAAUUUGAAUACUGUGAUUAUACAUCGGGUUAUUUUUGCACUGUGUGCAUCGCAGUGCGAUGUGCCGGGCCAUUUUGAUACAGUUACAGAAUCUCUUUGAACUUACCCGUCUUCUCUGAUGUCUACAUCUGCUUAUCGAGCCACUGGAGUAUUAUUUUGUGACCAACACUGUUUGAAUUUUAUACUGUUCACUACAAAAUGUCGUUCUCAUUCUCUAGCACUUUCUGUUUCCGUUUUGACUUUAAUUAAAGUCCAUCCUCACAUAUUUCUCCUCUCUGUCUCCGUCUCUCUCUCUCAACUUGUACGACAUGUGUGUAAGUGAGGAACGUUUCCUCCCAGCUCUGAGCAAAUGUACAUAAUGUAUAUUUCAUAUUGUUGAAUAGUGUUGAAGAGGAAUCUAAAUGGACUGUCACGUUUUGUAGUAAAAUGCAUUAAUAGUGUCUACAGUUUGUCUUUGCUCUGUGAAACAGAUCCUCAGUCACACUGUGGCCUAAAAAUAAAAGCUG